AUGGCCCCGGGAGGUGUACUGCUCAGCUACAUGCUGUCUCUCUGGCUGCUGCUGGAUCUGUGUGGGGGUCCCGCUGCUCUGGGGUCCCCAGUGGUGGAAUUUGGAAAGUUCUUGGCUGGGCAAGUAGCAGAAGCAGAAGGGACCCAGAGGCCGUGGCUGGGUACCCGUAUACGCCGAGCUGCAGCCAGCCCGUGUCAGCUGCGGAGUCUGACUCUGCCCGUGGCUGAGCUGGGCCUGGGCUACGUCUCAGAAGAGAGGGUGGUCUUCCGUUACUGCGCAGGCUCUUGCCCUCACGGCGCCCACACCCAGCACGGCCUGACGCUGGCCCGACUGCGGAGUCAGGGUCAUGUCCAUGGCGGGCCUUGUUGCCGACCCACCCGCUACACCGACGUGGUCUUCCUUGACGACCGCAAUCACUGGCAGAGGCUGGUUCAGCUCUCAGCGGCUGCCUGUGGCUGCAGCGAUUAG